AUGGCAGCGGCCGAUGCUAAAGAAGACUACAUCCAGCAGCGAUUGAACAAGGUUCUUGAGGCGCACAUCGAAACGGAUCGUGAAACGCUCGACGCACUCUCGGAUCUGUCGUCGUUCUUCAAGGACAACACGCUCCAGUCACGCCGCAACUUACGGAGCCAGAUCGAAAAGCGCAGUCUGGAAAUAAAUCAGCGCUUUUUGGGUGCAUUUCGCGAAGUGAAGGAAUUGCUGGACGGAAUUUGCGAUGACAUAAACGGAAUGAGCCAGUCGGUCGAGGGCAUGAAGUCACAGCUGCGCAGCACCGAGGCCCAAACGAAGGAUCUCAUACAGCAGGCCAACACGUUGCAGGAGGAAAAUGGCAAACUGUGUCUGUGGCGGAGCACCAGAUGCUGUACGGAGCGAAGCGGGACGCACCGAUAA